AUCAUCAACAUCAUCAGGCACACCACGGUUAUUGGGCCGUUCCUUGGAGCAGUCUUUAAGGUACUGAAUAGAGGAUCCAUCACGCCAGUGUUUUUGGACAUGUGGAACAGCUGGCUCAGAGGGGACAUCAUCAACAUCAUCAGGCACACCACGGUUAUUGGGCCGUUCCUUGGAGCAGUCUUUAAGGUACUGAAUAGAGGAUCCAUCACGCCAGUGUUUUUGGACAUGUGGAACAGCUGGCUCAGAGGGGACAUCAUCAACAUCAUCAGGCACACCACGGUUAUUGGGCCGUUCCUUGGAGCAGUCUUUAAGGUACUGAAUAGAGGAUCCAUCACGCCAGUGUUUUUGGACAUGUGGAACAGCUGGCUCAGAGGGGACAUCAUCAACAUCAUCAGGCACACCACGGUUAUUGGGCCGUUCCUUGGAGCAGUCUUUAAGGUACUGAAUAGAGGAUCCAUCACGCCAGUGUUUUUGGACAUGUGGAACAGCUGGCUCAGAGGGGACAUCAUCAACAUCAUCAGGCACACCACGGUUAUUGGGCCGUUCCUUGGAGCAGUCUUUAAGGUACUGAAUAGAGGAUCCAUCACGCCAGUGUUUUUGGACAUGUGGAACAGCUGGCUCAGAGGGGACAUCAUCAACAUCAUCAGGCACACCACGGUUAUUGGGCCGUUCCUUGGAGCAGUCUUUAAGAUGAUGCUGUUUUUCUACAGCAGAAAAGAAGCGUGGAGCAUUAUUCAAAAAAUGGACGCCGACCACGCUCGCUACAACGCCCUCUCCGAACAGCACAAGGAAAUUGCGCGUCGGCACAUACAGGACACGCAAUACUACAGCGAAAAAUGCUGGUCAAUAACAGUAGCGACCUGCGUACUGACCUUCCCUCUGACCGCGGUCGCUCUGACCUUCUACAACUACGCUUGCAAGGAGGAUCCGGUCAAAUACAUGGUCCAUGACAUAGACAAACCCUUUUCACCUAAAGAAGAUAGAUUCUCAUCACCAUACUUCGAAAUUAUGUUCUUCUACAUGAUAUAUUGUGGAUUAUUUUAUAUAAUUAGCUUCACGGGAUUCGAUGCGUUUUUUGGUAUAACCAUUAACCAUGCUUGUAUGAAGAUGGAGCUGGCUUGUAGGACGAUGGAGGAUGCUAUGUUGCAGAGCGAGAGAGAUGGAAGGCAUAGGAGGAUGCUGGAUGUUAUAGCGGAGCAGAAUGACUUGUUCAGAAUGGUUGAACUCAUUCAAGAAACGUUUGCCAUUUGGCUCGGAAUUAUCGUCAUAGCGACUAUGCUCCAGAUAUGUAACUGCAUGUAUCAGAUUAUUGAGGGUUACGGAAUCGAUCCUAGAUAUCUAGUAUUCAUCCUAGGCACCAUUGCUCACAUAUACCUACCGUGCCGUUACGCCGCCAAAUUGCAAGGAAGUGCACUAGAUGUCGCCACUCAUCUAUACUGUUGCGGCUGGGAGCGUGUGAACGACGAGCGCGCGCGUAAGAUGAUCGUCUUCAUGAUAGCACGCGCACAGAUCCCGAUGAAGAUCACAGCUUUCAACAUGUUCGAUUUCGACAUGGAGCUGUUUGUCUCCAUAUUACAGACAUCAUAUUCGAUGUUUACACUGCUUAGAUCUUAAGACAUACAUACAAAAAAUGUGUUUUCACUUCUCAUGCUCAAAAAGUGCACCUUUAUGUCGUGCGUAGACGAAGAAUUGCCAAGAGAGAGAAGAGAAGAGAGAGAAGACGUGCCAAGAUUAAGAACUUGUGCACAUAUCACGCUGGAUCACGUUGGGGGAGAGGGGUACAAGGAAACCUCACGUGUAUUUUUCGACAGUGACCCUACCUGUAGUAAAACCUACCACGCGAGUAGAUACUUUUUCUCGGUUUCGUUAAACAUAAAUCUUCACUCUGCACUUCAAAAUAGCGAGUCUAUUUAACGAAAAUAGGAAAAUAAACAAGAUUUUCUAUAUACAAUACUAUUUAUCUUAAAAUUAGGUCGAAUGAAAAACAUUAAAAAAAUACACGUGAAGUUGUGUGGGGGGAGGGGGUAGCCGAGAACCUCACCAAAUAUCUCCAAGGGGGAGCGGGGGUCAAAAAGUAGGCGAAAACACCUCACACCUCGCGUGCACAACCCCUAAGUAAAGGGGCCCACUGAUUAACAGUCAGCCGGACGGUAUCGGCCUAUCAGUUGUUCGGAUCUGUCAAAAUUUUGUUCGAACUGACAGGCCGAUACCGUCCGGCGGACUGUUAAUCAGUGGGCACCUUAAUAGAGUAAGUUCACCGGCAAAUUCUAAUCUUUUUCCUUGUUAAGCUUGGAGGUUAUAUGUAAUGAAUAAGAACAGUUGUUAGAACUAAAUUAUAAGGUACGAUACAUUUUUGCGUAAAAGAAAUUGAUUGACGUGUCCUUUCAUUAGAUACAAACUGUAACUGUCACAGGAUGGUGUAAUGCUAUUAUCAAGAAACGAGCUACGAAAAAUAAAAAUAGUGUCUUUUGCGUUUUUUCUUAUCUCCCUAACUUUUCUUCUUUUCAUUUUUUUCCUCUUUUCUUCUUUUCUUUGUGUUCUCGUCGGGAUGUAGUAUGAAUUCAAUACACGCGAUAUAAUCCGU